UAAAAUGAUCAUUACAGCAGACACAGAGGCGCGACACUGAGUCACUCGACCACAUUUGAAAAUACAAAAAACGUGCAGCAAGCACAGCUUGUGAGGAAGCGCACGCAGACGCCUGGCGGAAUAAUAAAGCGCCGCUCUCUGGAAGGACGAACCCAGGGUCCCACUCAGAACCCACAGUAGAGCGAAGGUGUCUUGUCACCAGGGGACGCCGUAACCGUGACAACGGUAAAGUCCAGUCCAGUUCCGGCUGAAAUAAGCACUCACGCAUCAAACAUGGCGUCGGCACAGGAAGCGGCCUUUAAAUGUGCACUGCCCGGGGAUGCGGAGAGUCCAACGCAGCCUUUGGAAGGCGAGGGGGAGCCGCGGGAACAAGGUCACUCGGACAAGAGGGACGAGUGCGGGAGGAGUGCCUUGUUGACCGCCGCCAUGCUGGGACAGUGGGCCGUCGUCGGGGAGCUGGUGAGACACGGAGGCCGCGUGAACGAGCAGACCGUCAGAGGUUACUCAGCGCUGCACCUUGCUGCCUGCUGGGGCCACGCGGAGGCGGUGAGGACUCUGCUGGAGCUGGACGCUGACACGCAGGCCCGGACCUUCAGAGGGCAGACGCCCGCGGACCUCGCCCGGAGAUACUCCAGGACAGACUGCGUGGACUGCCUCGUCCUGGCAGAAGCCAAACAGGACCUGGUGUCAUAUCUCGCCUUCGUGAAGGACGUCGUUUCUGAGAGGAGCCUCACAAAGGAGGACAAGAACAUGUGUGCACGUGUGUGCGCCGCCAAGUCGGACUGGAUGCAGAGCGCCAAACUCCCGACAGUGUCGGACUUCGCAGCGCAGAGGAAAGACAUGGAGGACUCCGUGCAGCCUGUCCUCAGCAAGCUGUCCGUGUCAGCAUCUGAAAUGCCUGUGAAACCAGCAGAGACGUGUAGUGAGGACGCCAGGGGAUAAACGCUGGAGUGUUUUCUGGACUCCGUGUUCCCACUGAAGUGGCCUUCUCAGGUUCCCCAGAUGUGGAACCACCGCCACCUAAUUCCAACCAAAUUUUCCGAUCUUACAAAAUGGAACAUGAACUCCCCUCGUGACUUUUUCUUGGCACACAGACAAAUGUUUUACUCAGCCAAAGGUUUUUACAUAUUCAACAAAAGAAACCCAUCAGUGAUUAAACACACAGUGGAUCAGUGGAUCGAUAGUGUUGGUUUACAGACUGUAGGACAGUUGUGUUAACACUUGUUCAUUGGGUUUAGUUCACUGAGAGCCACACACACAAACAGACCAAACUGUACUGGUGUGACUGCGAAACCAAAGGAAAACAUCUAUUCUCAGAUGCUCUCACUGGGCCUCAUGCGAGAAACGUUCGUACGAACACAUUUGUUCUUGAAUCGUGUGUACCAGUGAUUCGGGAGAACUUUUUUUUCCCCACAGAAUGUACAAGAGUGGUCCAGACCUGUCGUAGGAGUCACGUCAAUUGGCCUGCUGCUAAUCAAACCAAGUUUUUCCCCUUGUUUUUUCAUCACUUUGAAGCAAUUCUAAGUAUUCAGAUUAAAUAAUAUGUAUAUAUAAUAUAUACAUUUCACCUCAUUAUGUUCACAUUUUUGGGGCCGCUGAUUAUGCUAAUUUACAACACUCGUUGCCCGCCCGCUCACAUACGCACAGGUGACCUUCGUCUUGGUCACGCGCGCGAUUUACACACGUUUCUGAAGAUAGGAGCGUUGGACGAAUCCGACGUGGCGCGUUCGUACGAACUCGCGGUACGGACAAAGAAUGUGAACAUGUUCUGGCAUGAGGCCCGAUGACAGUCAAAGUUUGACUCUGUGUGAAGCUCCUCUGCACAAAUCUCUUGCUCUUUACAAACAUGGAUCAAACAUGCGUGUACGAUGAAGAUGCAGUGCAAAAGCUGAACAAAAGUAAAUGUCCAAAUGUCUCUAGUCUAGUCUGCAGGUCGGACAUGUCAGAGACGGCUCAUGGGCACAUGAAUACCGACAUACGAGAAUCAAAUGUCUUGAUAUGUGUAAAGAGCGCAUCAGUCAUAUCUCUAGUAAAAUCAUCUCUGGAAAAAAAGGAAACAGUUCACGCUUUGAUGCGCCCUCGACACUGUAUGUUGUUGUUGAUUGCGUAAUGAUUACCUGAUUUGACCACAAUUUGCAGAGUUUGUGUCAAUUCAGCUGAAAUAAACGUCCUCAUUUCCA